UUUUCUCACUCCAUUCAUUUUAAUCCACAGAGAGAGAGAGAGAGAGCUACAAGCAUUCAAAGCGACAGGUUCUUGAUUUGUGAUCGCUUAGGGUUUGAAAGGCGACGAUGUACAACGGAAUAGGGUUACAAACCCCGAGGGGGUCAGGGACUAAUGGGUACAUACAGGGCAACAAGUUCUUCAUCAGGCACAAGACUGGGAGGAUCGCUGAGAACACCAAGGGGUUCGAGACGAACCAGGGCACUGCCGGUGUCACUCGGAAGCCCAACAAAGACAUCCUCGAGCACGAUCGCAAGCGUCAGAUCGAGCUCAAGCUAGUCGUGCUCCAGGACACGCUUAUGGAUCAGGGUUACACUGAUGCCGAGAUUGCUGAGAAGGUCGAUGAGGCUCGGAAGACUCUGGAAGCCGCCGCUUCCGAUGAUGGACCUGGUGCCAUUGUGGCUGGGGACAACAAGCUUUCGGAGACGCAGACCCACCAAAUUGCUGCUAGAAAAGAGAAGCAGAUGGAAACGUUAAGAGCUGCUUUUGGGAUAGCUUCAUCUGAACCCAAUGAACAAAAUAUUGAAGGGACUGAUGAUGCAAGAGAUGGCCGGAAAAAUGGUCCAAGUGAUGAUAUCAAGCAGUAUGAGAAGCGUGAGCAUUCUUUUCUGGAUAGGGAGUUCAGAUCGAAGAAAAAUAUGGAGGAAGAUCAGAAAGCUGAAAAAGAUGAUAAGAAAAAGGGCGUAGUUAAAGAAUCAAGGCGCCACAAGAAGGAAAGUAAAAAGAGAAGGCAUGAGACUGAUUCUUCUGAUACAGAUAGCGGUAGGGACCAUGGAAAGGCUCUUCAUAAGAAACACCGCAGAGGUAAUAGAGGGAGUGAUGGCGAAAGUGAUUCUGAUAUUGAUGUUUAUAAGAAGCGCAAGCCUUCUAAGAAUUAUAAGAAAAGCAGAAUGCAUGACAGUGAUGAUUCUGACUCUGCCACUGAUUCUGAUGGCAAUGUGAAUGCGCGCAAGAUUUCAAAGAAGCACAAGAAAAGCAGAGCGAAUGACAGUGAUGAUUCUGAUUCUGCUACUGAUUCUGAUAUUGAUGUUGAAAAGAAGCGUAAGGCUUCAAAGAAGUUCAAGAAGAACAGGAAGAAUGAUAGUGAUGCUUCUGAUUCUGCUACUGAUGAUGAUAUUGGAAAUGAGAGUUCCAAAAAGGGGGCCCAGUAUAAAAAAUCUAGCAGGAGGCAUGACUCUGCUGGUGAUUCUAGGUUUGAUGAGGGCCCAUCUAAGCAACAAAUUCAGAAUGGUAAUCAGCCUGCGAGAACUAGCAGAAGACAUGAUUCAGAGGAUGAAUCUGAUGAUACUGAUAGUGAAGUGGAAAAGAAAAGAGGUCAACUGGAGAAACAGAGGAACCCGCAUUCUGGAAGUCGUCAGAAAGAGAGAGGUGACGCAGACGUGGAAGAUCACAGAAAAAGUAAUAAUGGUAGGCAUCUGAAAAGCACCAUAAUUUAUGAUGUGGAUGGUGAAUAUGACUCUGACAGAGGAAGAAAAUAUAAACGGGAAAUAACAGAUAAAAUUCGUAGAAGUGGCAGGCAUGACUCUGAAGAGGAUGAUGAUUUUGGUAAUGACACUAAUGACAAAGCAGAGAAGCAUAGAAUUAAGAGGAAUAAUACUGAUAAAAUGGACUCUGAUGUCCGCUAUGAAAGCAAUGCUAAGAUGACCGCAGGGAGACAGAAACCAGUGGAGAAAGAGGUUUUUCCAAUUGAUGACAUCGAUAAUAGUCGGUACAAGUCCAAGAGAGAUACUGUGGAUGGAUACAGCUACCAAAGUCAAGAUGUAAUAAGGAAGAGAAAUCUUAAUGAUGGAAAUGAAGAUGCGCAGCCAGAGUCGAAGUCAAGAGGCCACAAUUAUGUGAAGGAGGAAGAGCACAGUGGGGAGCAGCAGAAGGACUCUAAAAUUGAGUCUGAAUCAUAUUCUAGAACAUACAUAAGCAAGGAUGACCAGAAGAGGGAGGAUUACAGAAGGUUUAGAUCUGGGGGACGGCAUGAUAAUGAGACUGUUGAACGGGGUGGCAGAAUUUUGGAUAAAGAUGAUGGACCAGAGCGCCUUAGUAGAAAGGAUGACCAGGAUUAUGAGGAGCUUGGGGGAGGGAGAAGACACAACAGAUACGGAGAGGAGCCCAGAGGGAGAAAGCACAGAAGAGAUGAAGAUUAUGAAUAUAGAAAGCAUGAGAGGGUUAAUGAAGAGCAACAGCAUGGAAGCAGAAGGCAGGUAAGAGGGGAGGAAGAAGAGCAUGACAACGGGCGUCAUGAGAGGGAUAGACAUAUGGACUACUCCAAGAAAGUGAGAUAUGAUGAUUCUCGAUCAAGUGAGAGAAGAAGGUAUGAUGACAGAUAUGAUGAUGAUAGAGCCAAAAGGCAUGAUGACAAACGUGAUGAUGAUAGAGCCAGAAGGUAUGAUGACAAACGUGAUGAUGGCAGAGCUAGGCGUUGAGGCUAAUACUGCCAUUUGUCUUGAAAUUUCAGUGCAGAUGCACUUGUCACAUCGCAAGUUGGAUAAAUCAAGUGUAGCCAGAGAAAAACUGCUGUGUACCAGGACUUGCGAAGAAGGAAGAUACUCUGCUCAAUGUACUGGAAGAUGCACGUUUUAUUUUUGGCUUGGCAUUUAGAGCAUUUCUUUCUUUUCCUCUCUCUCUCUCUCUCUCUCUCUCAUACAUUUUGAAUCAGUUUGCAAGGGAGUGUUCUUCCCCGUGUAAUGUAGCAACUGAAAUGGGAUUUUGUUUAUUUUACUUCAGAAACCCGGCUUUAUUUGAUUGUUAGUUCUUGAUCUUC